AAAAGUCCAAAAAAAUACCUUACCCAUAGCACAGCAACGCGUCAUCGCUUCUACCAAAAUAAAACAAAAGACACCAUCACAUUGACCAAAACAUAGACCAGUAAACAAUCACGAAAAAUGAGCGACAGCGAAAAGUCGCCCAACGCCAGCGGCAGCCACGAUGGAGAGGCUACUCUCAUCGACCUCCCCCCCGAUCCUGAUGCCCACCUCAGCGAGUCUGAGCGGGCUGCCGUCGAUCGCAAGCUUCUCUGGCGUCUUGAUCUCAUCUUGAUCCCCUGGCUGUGUCUCCUCUAUCUUCUGGCAUUCCUGGACAGAACCAACAUUGGCAACGCUAAGAUCGCUGGCCUUAAGACGGAUCUGUCCUUGAGCACUGCUCAGUACAAUGCCACCCUGACCAUAUUCUUCGUCUCGUAUGCCGUCUUUGAGCCUCUGACGAACAUCUUACUGAAGAGGCUUCGGCCAUCCAUCUUCAUCCCGAUUAUCAUGGUGUUCUGGGGCGCCUCGAUGCUUGGCAUGGGCUUUGUCAAAAGUUGGUCGGGUCUCAUGGCUGCCCGGUGGUUCUUGGGCCUCGCCGAGGCAGGUCUCUUCCCCGGCGUCAACUACUAUCUCUCCUGCUGGUAUAGACGCUCCGAGUUUGGAGUUAGAGCGGCCAUCUUCUUCUCCGCGGCAGCUGUCUCUGGCUCUUUUGGUGGUCUUCUCGCCGCAGCGAUUGAGCUCAUGGAUGGAAUUGGCGGCCUCCGGGGCUGGGCAUGGAUUUUCGUCCUCGAAGGUUUGCUCACUAUUGUCAUUGGCGUCGCCUCCUUCUGGAUGGUCCACGAUUUCCCCGACGAGGCCACUUUCCUCUCGGGCGACGAUCGGAACCGUGUCAUCCGCCGCCUGAAGCUGGAUCAACAGGCGUCGGCUAACUCGGAAGAGUUCAAGAUCUCGUUCUUGUGGGACUCUCUUGCCGACUGGAAAAUGUGGCUCGGCAUGGCUAUCUACAUGGGCUGCGAUAUGCCCCUGUACGCCUUCUCGCUGUUCCUCCCCAGCAUCGUCAACAACCUUGGCUGGUCGACCACCGUCGUCCGCUCUCAGCUCAUGUCCGUCCCCCCCUACGCCGUUGCGGCGUGCCUCACGGUCGCGAUUGGCUUCAUCGCCGACAGGACUCGGUCUCGCGGCAUGUGCAAUAUUCUCAUCUCCUUGCUUGGAGUAGGCGGGUUCGCCAUGCUCCUCGGAAGCGCAAACCCAGCGGUGCAGUACGCAGGCACUUUCCUCGGCGCCAUGGGAAUCUACCCGUGCAUCGCCAACACCAUCAGCUGGGUCGCCAACAACAUCGAGGGUGUGUACAAGCGAGGCGUCGUCCUGGGUUUCGUCAUCGGCUGGGGCAACCUGAACGGCAUCGUGUCCAGCAACAUCUACUACAACGACCCGCGCUACCUCGAGGGCCACGGCGUUGUCAUGGGAUACAUGGCCGUUUUCCUGUUUGGCGGCUCCGUCCUGAUGACGCUGCUGCUGCGACUCGAGAACGCCAGGCGCCGCCGCGGCGAGCGCGAUCACUGGAUCGAGGGCAAGUCGGAGAAGGAGAUCGAGGCGCUUGGCGACCAGCGCCCUGAUUUCAUCUACACGGUCUAGGUACUCUCCCCUCCUAUCGUCCCUGUUUGUGCCUCUUUGGCAUAGUUUGGGAGGAAAGGUUUGGAGAGGUGCUGUUGGCAGGCGUU